AUGGAAGAUACUCCUCCCGAUGAGGACUGGAAUUGCAAUAGCCCUCCACCGUCAAGCACUGAGGGAGAGCGGCCGCCCCUUCCUCCUCGGCCCAGCGAACUCAGCCUCAUGCAAGCCAGACCCCCGACGAGCCAUGCUUCACGCCCUCCUACACGAGCCGGUCUCGUCGCUGGUGCAACGACGGCGAUAUCUAUGACCGACGUCAACAGCUAUAAUCGACCCGAUGGUUCUCAAGAGCUGCGCGUUGUCACCAGCACCCCAUCUCGCGUCGCCUCUAGUUCUUCGAUCCGCCCUUCUACAAGCAACAAAACAAGUGAGAUUGGCGAGGACAGCUCCAGCAUCAGGAGCUAUGCGCCCUUUGGCAGGUUCAUACAAGACACAGAGAGCAUAUUCGAUGGAGAGCUACAAGAAGAUCAAGGCCUUUCGUCGUCCUUCAGCGAAGGAGGACCAGGUCUCUUUGAAGGAGACUCGGAUGAAGUCUGCGACGAAGGGGACGUCGAUUUUGAUAAGGAGUUUGAAGACGUGGACGAACAGGUCGCCGGCGAAGAUGUCGCUCAGGCUCUUUGGAAAGCCAAGCGCAAACACUUCAUUAUCCUCUCCGCCGCCGGCAAGCCCAUUUAUACACGACACGGCUCCGAUGCCGUCAUCUCGAGUUACGUGGGCAUCAUUCAGACCAUCAUUUCCUCAUACUCUGGAAACCGUGACCAACUGAAGAGUUUCCACGCUCGUGGAGUUCAAUUUGUCGUGCUGUCACAGACAAAUCUAUUCCUCGUCGGAAUCACAAGCCUUCCUGAAAGCGAGGCGCAAGUCCGGAUCCAGCUUGAAGCACUGUACAUGCAAAUUCUGUCGACAUUGACACUACCGACAUUAACACAUCUGUUCUCCGUCCGUCCUUCAACAGACCUGAGACGUCCACUACAGGGGACCGAAGUCCUCUUGUCAUCAUUGGCGGAUAGCUUCACCCGAGGCUCUCCCUCCACGCUCCUGUCGGCCCUCGAAUGCUUAAAGAUCCGAAAGUCACACCGAAACGUGAUCAACAGCACCAUGAUCAAGGCGCGCGUGGACAACCUUCUCUACGGCCUCGUCGUUGCAGGAGGGAGACUCGUCAGCGUCAUCCGACCCAAGAAGCACUCCCUCCACCCAAGUGAUCUCCAACUGAUUUUCAACAUGCUAUUCGAAGCCGAAGGAAUCAAAGCCGGCGGCGGCGAAUCCUGGGUCCCCAUCUGCCUCCCCGGCUUCAACAACACAGGCUAUCUCUACAUGUACGUCAGCUUCCUUGAUACGGGCGGCGACCACGUGCGAGAACUGGCCGAAAACGAACGCAUCGCCAAAGAAGACUCUGUAGCCAUUAUCCUUCUUAGCGCCGACAAGGAGAGCUUCGAGGACCUCCAGAGCAUGAAAAACUACCUGGUGCACGAGUUUCGGCGCAACAGAAGCCUGCAUGUCAUCCACAUGGCGGUGCAAGCCGGUCGACUCGCCCCAACAGACAUCGUGGCCGGAACGGUGCUGCGACAUUUCCUAUACAAAUCCAAGGGAAACGUGCAAUUUUUCAUGCCUUCAUUCUCACCCAACUUUGAGACCCUGAAGCAGCGCAGGCGAUUGAUGUCGCUGUACCACAACCUCCAUGCCAGUGUCCAUGCGAAGCAUGCGGGCGUCAAGGUCCAUCAUAGCGUGAGUGCGUCGGCGACCGCACUCGCUUGGGUCACGCCCAUGUUUGAGCUGUAUUGUGUAGCUGGACCGUCGACGUCGAGGAAUGCACUGGCGCAGAGCGCCAAUAGGGUGAUCCAGUGGGUGCAGAGGGAGGAAGAGCGCAUCUUUAUCAUCGGUGGCGCUGUCUUUUGA